CUCAGCGAAAGGAAGAAAACAGAGCCAUAGAAGGCAGUGGUAGGAGGAAGCCUGAGAGAGGGAGACAGAUACACUCACUAGACUCCGUUCGAGUGGGUUUUUGGAUCGAAUUUUCUUGAAAGAAAAGCACACGCAUCACUACUUACUUACACGCGCUCUCAACUGCUGCGCGGCGCUCAGUAAGAACGUGGGUCAUCGCUAUUCUCAUUGUCGAAGCUCUUCUGUUCUGUGAGUUAAUUGUUUUGUGCGUUUAAAAAAAAAGAAUAAAAGCGUCGAGACACAAUGAGUUGUCCAGUUAGCAGUUUCUUUGCCACGCUCAUCUUGCUUCUGCUCUGGCGGGUGGAACACAUCGCCGAAGCCUGCAGUUGCUCCCCAAUCCACCCACAACAGGCUUUUUGCAAUGCAGAUGUAGUUAUCAGGGCGAAGGUGGUUGGAGGAAAAGAGGUGGAUUCUGGCAACGACAUCUAUGGCAAUCCUAUUAAGAGGAUCCAGUAUGAGAUCAAGCAGCUCAAGAUGUUUAAAGGCCCUGAUAAACUCAUCAUGACGGUGUUCACAGCCCCUUCGUCCGCAGUGUGUGGAGUGACUCUGGAGACCAACGGCAAGAAGGAGUACCUGAUCUCAGGCAAGGCAGAGGGUGAUGAGAAGAUGCACGUGACCCUCUGUGACUUCAUCAUCCCCUGGGACUCCUUGAGCGCCACCCAGAAGAAGAGCUUGAAUCAGCGCUACCAGAUGGGCUGCGAGUGCAAGAUCUCUCGCUGCCCGUCCAUCCCCUGCAUGAUCACGGCCCCGGACGAGUGCCUGUGGACAGACUGGGUGACAGAGAAGAGCAUCAACGGGCGCCAGGCCAAGCACUACUCCUGCAUCAAGAGGAACGACGGCUCCUGCGCAUGGUACCGUGGCGUGGCCCCGCCCAAGAAGGAAUUCCUGGAUAUCGAGGACCCCUAGACCGACUCCCCCUGCCAGCUAGCCAAUAGACAUGCCUGCACAAAAAUAAAUGAAACUAAAAUAAUGAUAAUAUUAAAUGAUGAUAAGAAUUACGUUUAUAUAGACUGGUCCGGUGUUGACAUUGUUACCCUGUGAAAGCCUGCUGCAGUAACUACAGCAGCCUGUGAGGGACAAUCCUGUGAGAGCACUUUCAGCCCCAAAAGCGCUUGGAUUUUAAAUUUAUAAUAAAAGCAUGACAAAUGUACAUUUAUUUUUUUGUAAAACUACCAAAAAAUGAAUUGGGGUUUUAGCCAGUCAGAAGUGAGCUCUGAAAGCUCUGUAGAGGUCAAAUCUCACUGGAUAUCCUGUAGCUCUUACCCGUGCAGUUUAAACCAAUCAGAUUAAUGGAGAGGCGGGACUUCCCAGAACAUUCCUGCACAGGUUUCUAGGAAAAGAAAGGAAUCGAGUGGUUAUGAGACAGAAUGACGUGACACCAAACCUUUAGAUAUUCAUGGUGGUUCAUUACUUUGCACAGCUUCCAAAUAACCCUGUGUAUCCAAAAAAAAUCCCUAAAGCCAGAAUUAUAUGUUGUAUAUUGUGCAUAGUUUCUAUUUUGUUUGCCUCUUUAUCCAUGAUUAAGCCCCCAUCAUACACUGGGGAUUUCUCUUUUUACCAGAGUAAUAGCACAUUUCAGCCAAAAUGUCUGGAAAGAAUUUCCAAAUGGCACAGAAGGAAAGCCAUGUGCUGAAUCAUUUAAGAUGUAUUUAGAACAAACAGCAAGUUCCAUUCAUUUAGAGCUGCGAUGAGCCAGUAAGCUGGGACCGUUUCAGGGGUCGGCUACAAUUGCCAUCCGAAAGAAAGCUCUGCUGGAUUUGUGCAUGUUGAUACAGUACUUCUUAAACUGUAACAUGAAUUUUCUUGCGAUACAGAUGUAUAGAGCAUCGUAUUCAACUAGAAAUGUUGUAAGUGUUGUAUAAACAUGUUAACGACUUUCCACCAGAACUAAACACUGAAAAGGGGUUUCUAUAAUAGAAUAAAUAAAAACGUAUAAACUGCAGACUAACGGCUGGAUUCACAGACCCCGAUUUUACCACGCAUGUUGGACUACCUCCCACAAGGUAACGUUAUGUAGUCGAAGGUUAGUGCCAUGAAACCAGGUGUCUACGUCAAUUCAGUGUGAGAUUUGACCUAAGUUUUGUUUUAAUUCCAAGCGGUUUCUAAUGUCCCACAUGACCAGUCUAUGCGAUUUCGAUAUAGCAAUCUGCUUGCUGUUAAAUGUUAUAUACUCUUCCCUCUCUGCCUCACUGUCUCCUCCUCCCCCUACCCCUGUGUGCUGUAUCCCUGUCUGCUGUACAGUUCAUAUGCAUAUACACUCAUGUUUCUGUUUUUAAUCUUGGUUAGGUCUAGAUUUGCACUUUCCACAGAGCUGCUGCAAAAGAACCCUUUGGUCUAAAGGCCUAUGUGUUAACAAACAGGGAGGACUGAAUCCUCUCUCUUUUUGUUUUGUAAUAGUGUUUGUAUCCUCCUCUUACAUUUAGAAAAAGAGCGCUUUUUCAAUUGCUUUUCUGUUAAGAAAUGGUGUGGUAGCGCUUUAUUUGAAUUGGAAACUGUAGCGCUUACAAUAACUAUGUGCACAAUCCAUCAGAAUGACUUUGCGUAACCUGCAUGUAAGGGUUUGUAGAGGUUGUUUUUUUUUUUUUUACAAACCAAAAGUAUUGGAAUUGAAAGUUCAGCGUCUCAGAUGCAUUUCUGUGAUUCGUAGCCAUCAACACUUAUUUGUAAAUCUUGAUCUCCAAUAUGGUGUUCUUCAGAUCUGUGUUCUGAAUUCUUGCCUGCCUGGUAUGCUCAUUUUCAAAGUGAUUAUGAAGGAUUGUGCAUGUAGUUUUUCCAGUGUUAUGUAGCCUUUAUGAAAAGGUUAUUGUCCAAUUGGACGAAAGUGUUACCAACUGUGUUUAUUUUGUACUUUUAAAUGCUUUGUUAAGUACUAUAUAGCUUUAUUUCUUCCAGUAGUGCAUUUUGAAUUAGGUCAGGGCUCUAGGUCACCAUCUCAAGCUGAAAUAUGGAAUGUGUCUCCAAAGCAAGACUAGGGAGGACAAACUUGUAUUCCAAGUAACAGUCAGCCCUUCCUGGACACAACUGCUGUCACUGUGUGUGAAAUGUUGUUGUUAAAUUCAAGGUUAGCUGAAUUGCAUUGACAGUCUGUCAGAGUGAAGGAGGGGCUGUCAGAAUGGACUGCCGAUUGCUACAGCCCCAGAAUUCUAGAGUUUAUUCUCUGAACCUAAUUUUAAACAGUUAGGUCGGGGUGAUAUUAAUGUGCUUCCUAAAAAAACAAAACCAAAAGGUAAUAAACUCUUGAAUGGCUGUAAAUAUCGGGCGGUUCUCUAUCCAUUGCGGCGGUGACCCAGACUUUGUUACACAGUUCAUUGUUUCUAUUAAUAAUUAUAGCUAAUUAAAAACACUGUGACUGGGGAAUUUCUUAUUUACGUGACUUUUUUUAUUUUAUUUUUUUACUUUACAAUCCAUGAUCCAUAAUAAUAACAAUAAUAAUCAUAAUACAGCAAUUAAAGUAUUAUAACUUGACUGGAUGUACACCAGUGUAACUUGUACGAAAUGGAAAGUUGCUAAAUAUCCUGCACUGUCUAUUGUAAUUUCCUUCAGAUGGGGUAAGGCGUUCAGUGUUGAUGUGUGGUUUCAGUUUUUGCAAGUUAUCUUCAUCACAUCCUGUGUAUAGAAUUUACAGGAACCUUUUAUUAUUAUUAUUAUUAUUAUUAUUAUUAUUAUUAUUGUAAACUACUAGGUACUGCCCCACCCAGCCAACAUGCAUAUUAAAACCUUUGAAAACAACACUUGCAUUGUGAAAUGAGAGAGAUCUUGCAAAUGGUGGUAUACAUACCCAGUUAUUUUCAUGUUAUUGCAUGGUUACUACCAGUAGUCACUGCUCUUGUAUGAUAACUACUGGUGGAGUACAUGUGCAACUACACAGAAUUGGCCUGUACUGUGCUGUUCCCAUGUAUUAACAUCAAAUGUUGUACACAGAGCGGUUUCAAUGGAACUGCACAGUAGUUACUGUGGUAAUUAACCCAUUAUUACAAUGUAACUACAUGUCUUAUUGACCUGUAUUCUGAAGUUCUACCCUCAUUUACCAUUCUCUAGCCUCUAGGGGGCACUGUUAUUCUGGCACAUAUGAGGGGGUUCUUGAAGCCUGCAAUUCUAAUUGGCCUGUUUGUUCAAUUUUAUCAGGUAAAAGCUUCUCUGAUAUCAUUAACUAGUAUUUUAAAGAUGUUUCUGCCCUGUACAAAACACAAUUUACAUUACAUUUAUGUUUCUUUUUUUUUUACGUUUGUAAUUUGCAUUACAAGUAUUAAAUAUUACCUAAAAUGCUAACAUAAUUUAAAGCUUGGGUGAUUUUUUUUUUUUUUAUUUUUUUAAAUUUCCUUUUUUUGUGUGUUUUUUUUUUUUUUUUUUUUUUUUUUUUUUUGCUGAUAAGUAAAGUCUGAGACUUCUUGUGCUGGGAACACGUGGAAGUUAUGUAAUGCAAAACAGACUGUGCAUGUCUUUGAUGCUUUGUAUAAUUAAUAUGUGGACAUUCAGUCAAUGGAUAAAAUAUACAGUAUUAUCAAUAAAGGGUUAGAAUAACUCCAA